AUGAACGUUUAUAAAGCUGUAUUACUCGAUUUGGAUGGUGUUGUUUGGACUAGAUAUGGAGCUAUUGAUAAAAGUCCUGAUGCUACGCACUUGUUCAAGGAAAACGGUAUAAAGGUGUUUUACUUGACAAAUAACAGUCAUCGUAGUCAGCAAGAAACAUUUGAUAAGCUAGUUUCUUAUGGCUUUUACGUCGAGUCACUUGCAAACAUUGUGACAAGCCCGUUCUUGACAUACAAACAGCUCGAAUACGAUGGCGUUAAAGUUGUUUGCGGAAAACCAAAUGUGCUUAUUAGUGAACAUUUAAAAAAAAUGUUUGCGCUGGAAAAAACUGAAGUGGUCAUGGUUGGCGACAAUUUAGAGACAGACGUUAAACUUGGGAUAAACUGUGGUUACAGAAGUGUACUCGUAGAAACGGGCGUGCAUUCUAGAGCAGAUAUUGAAAAGCUUAAAAUUAAGCCCAGCAAAAUAUUUAAAUCGCUGUAUGAUAUGGCUUGUAAUGUUAACAAUGAGCGCGAGCAAGUUAACUAUUAG